UGGCGAUAAGUUCGUUAGGCCUUGGGUGGCUGAGAGAGUAGUGGGGGACACACCAGCGCUCGGGAAUGGAAGCCGAAGAGCUGGGCACCAGAUACUACACUCCUCUUCAACCAGCAUUUUAUCCUUUUCCAUUCCAUGAAAUGAUGAAUGCAGCUCCAAAUAUGGAGAUGAUGGAUGAACAGGAAACUCUUCAAGGAGUUUUGGAACCAAAUAUUGUUCAGGAACCUGUUCAAGCAGCUGUUAAAGGAAGGAAAAGAAAAAAUAAAUCUUCUGAACCCAAAAAACCUGCUGCUAAACCUGCCAAAUCAAAAGGCAAACAGGAGAAAAUCACAGAUACUUUUAAAGUCAAAAGGAAAGUAGACCGUUUUAAUGGAGUAUCUGAAGCUGAACUGUUGACCAAAACCCUUCCUGAUAUACUGACCUUCAACUUGGACAUUGUAAUUAUUGGUAUAAACCCAGGUUUGAUGGCAGCUUACAAAGGUCAUCAUUAUCCAGGACCUGGAAACCACUUCUGGAAGUGUCUUUUUCUAUCUGGACUAAGUGAGGAACAGUUGAAUCAUAUGGAUGACCAUACUUUACCGCAUAAAUAUGGAAUUGGCUUUACAAACAUGGUGGAAAGGACAACACCAGGUAGCAAAGACCUUUCCAGCAAAGAGUUUCGGGAAGGAGGACGUAUUCUGGUGCAGAAAUUACAGAAGUAUCAACCUAAAAUAGCAGUUUUUAAUGGGAAAUGUAUUUAUGACAUUUUUAGCAAAGAGGUUUUUGGAGUAAAGGUUAAGAAGUUGGAAUUUGGCCUGCAACCGCAUAAGGUCCCAGACACAGAAACAGUUUGCUAUGUUAUGCCAUCAUCCAGUGCAAGAUGUGCUCAGUUUCCUCGUGCACAAGAUAAAGUUCAUUAUUACAUAAAGCUCAAAGACCUGAGGGAUCAGCUGAAGGGUGUUUCGACAAACACAGAUGUCCAGGAAGUGCAAUACACAUUUGACUUGCAGCUUGCACAAGAGGAAGCUAAGAAGAUGGCUGUCAAAGAAGAAAAAUACGAUCCAGGUUAUGAAGCUGCUUUUGGAGGUGCUUAUGGGGAGAAAACGGCCACGGAGAGUGAACAAUGUAACUUCCCUUCAAAUGGAACAGCAACCAAUGCAGAGUAUAGCAGUGGAUCUUCCUUUGGAGAUGUACCCAAUGGACAGUGGAUGACACAUUCUUUCACAGACCAGAUUCCAGAGUUCAGUAAUUCAAGACCACAAGAGGAAGAAGGAAGCAAUGCUUAAAGUCUGCCUUUUCAGUCAAGCGGAAGUGGUGCAGAGGGUUUUUUAUUAUGCAGUUGUCAAGAAUGGUACCUCAGUUCCCCAACUGAAGCAUUUUAAUAGUGUUUUAUCUCUUAGUUUUCUUAUAACCAUUUGUGUUUGUAGACUUAACCCUAUGAAUUAGGUCACCUUAAGAAAAUGUCCCAAGUUUUUAAGAGAAAAUUCUUCCCUUUUUUGUAUGAGACUUUUGUAUUUAAAUUGUCCCAUAGUUGCAGUUUUAGAAAACCGAUUUAUCAUUUGUGAUGACCCAUUUCUUGUUUUAAAUUAGUAUUUUGUAAUGUAAUCUGUAACCUGUCCCUUCAUGCGUUGGGAUGUUUCAUAUGUGUUUUAGUAUAUCUAAAGAGAUGGAGAGUCCUUUGUAGAUUUAAUGUUACCAGACACUGGCAUAAUAAGUUAUUGCCCAGCAAAUCUGUUACACAGUAGUAGACAUUCAGGCCCACCUAUGGUAUGGGAGAAACCUGCUUUAUAGCAGAAGUAACUGUUUUUUCUUUCUUUCUAAGAAAGGAGCUCACAUCCUUAACUCGGUUCUGGUUCAUGCAUGCAUGUGUGUACAUCAGUUGAUUACUGGCACUUAAACCACCUUCACUGAAAAGCAUAGGGUUGAGCCAAAUAAUCGUGAGGUUCAUUCUUCAGCUGGAACAUAAUUAUUCAGGUUUUUCUUGGCUAUUUGCUGCUGCUUCAACUGCCAUUCCUCUUCUUUUCUUCACUCCCUCCUCCUCAAUUCCUCCUCAAGUGAUCCUAACCAAUCAGAAAUCAUGUGCUGGGUGCAGUGACAUUACAGUGCUGUGUAACCAAUUGGAUUUGACUAUUUGCUGACUUCAUUAAGAGCAAGAGAGGCCCACUUAGAACAAGGCCAUAUAGGCCAUCUUAGGCAGUGAGGGAUUGCAAAUGGAACACUUUCACAAUGAUCCUUGAAAAGUCAUUGAACCUGGGGUGUCUCUUCCGAUCCUGAGAAAAUAUGCUAUAGUUCCCCCUUCUCUGCUUUUUUGGCUCAGCCCUAAAAAGCAUUCUUAGUUAGUAAAAAUGAAAGUGCUGCCUCUAGUGUUUUAUCUGUGAUGGCCUAUUAUUUUGAUGCUGCAGUUAUAAUAUGAUAAACACACAUGUAUGAACCACUCCUUAGUGUUUGUGAAAUAUGGGGUGGGUGGGGGGAGGGUGUAAAGAAAACGGUUUGAGGAGAGAGUGCACAUGUUUCUGAUAGUCUGAUACUGUGGACUCAUCUCAGGAAGGCGUGGGAGACCCUGCAACAAACAUUUUGUUCAUUCCCUUCUGCCUGUCCUCUGAAUGUUCAGCUAUUAAGGGGAGCGACUUGUAGUGUAGCUCUAAGAAUGGAUGAAUUUUAGUGUUUCAAGAGAAUUUUUGGUCAGAAUAGAGAGCCAUCUUGAAAAGGAAACAAAGGUCUGUAUAGGCUUCCUAAAUAUAUACAUGCCACAAAAAAACAGGGAGGGAGGAAAUGGAAUAGAAUCAGGGAGGGAAAGCAUUGAGUUUCAGCUUUAUUCCUUAAUUUAGUAUUUUUUAUUUCUAGGGAAUGGAGCAUUCCACAUCUCACUGGCCAAAAUAUUUAAUAGUGAUUGCAGGACAUUCAAAUGUUAGGCAGCUACAAGCAUACCCUGGGGACUGGACAUAAGUUAACUAUUUGUGAAUCAUUUCCUUAAGGUUUGGGGUACAAUUUUCUAGCCUGCAGAAGAUUCCAGUAGGGCUUGCCCUGUCUUCCCUCUCUCCCACCUAUUCACGGGCUCUCUACAGGCAACACACUGCAAUGUUGAGGAAAUGGGAGGUCCAUAUACGUUAUCAAUCCUUCUCUGCUUUGUAAGUAAGGCUUGGAGAGGAAAAGUUAGAUGUGAGUAAGGACGGUGCACCCCAUUUUCCCCAAUGCCCUGUUGUUCUGCUUGCAUGCAUAGGGGAAAAGAAGAGGAAACUGGCUGCAUUCUCUGCUUAGAGGUGUUGAACCUACGAUGUAAGUAGGUCGUGCCCAUUGCCUUUCUAUACCUUUAAAUUAAUAUUAGGAAUGGUUUUCCUGCCAGUGCCUAAUAUUUUGCUUCCUUCUGUUUUCCCCCAACUCCCUUUUUGUCUCAAGAAGAGAAGAGAUGACUUAAAAGUAAAAGCAAUAAGAGGAUUAAAUAGAAGUUUUGCUUAUCUUUUGAUUAGGUGCUUUGGAUACUUGAAUUAUGCACAAGAACUGUGUCUCUGUAAUGUGUACAUAGCUUAGAUCACUAUUUAACUAUACCCUAACAGCUGAAUUUAUUUAAAAUGUCUUGUGUGUAUUGGUGUUCAAAAUAAUGGGUUGAAUGGAUCAAUUUAAGGCAAAUCCUUUGCCUGCUAGAAACUUUGGAACUUUUCCAAAGAAUUUUGACUUGCUGCUCAUUACGAGAUAAGCAUAUAUAUGGUCUCCCCACAAAAUCAUGUGCUUUAAUCCUCUAACACAAUGACUUUUUAAAUUAGGAUUAAGAUGUUUAUUCUAGUUCUGAUCAUGUUAGUUAGUCUCUUGGAAGCUGUUCAUUAUUUGGUCAACAAUCUGAAAAAUAAUCACGUAGCAUAAUCCUGUCCAUAUUUACUCAUAAGCAAGCCCCUGUAUGUUCAAUGGGGUUUACUUCCUAGUAGGUGUGUUUAGGAUUACAGCCUUAGUUUAUUUUUAUGUAUCACUGUUUACAUGGACACUUUCUUGCAAGUGCUUGAAGUGCCUUGCAUCAGGGAUCUGGAACAAUUUUUAUUUUUAACAAAACUAUACUACCACGGGUAAUGGAUAGCUCAAUAGUAAGUUUUGUCAAUGUGAAAAGGGAACAUCUUGCUUUGAACAGGGCAUCCAUUAGAUUACUUAGAAAUAAAAUGCACAACAGCAGGUUAAUGAAAUGUGAAUGCACGUCUAUUCUCGAACAUGGUGCUUUAAAAUUGUAUUUACUACUUCUGAUCUGCCAAUUUCUUGCAAAAAAAUAUCAGGAAUUGUUGCAGUAUCUUCUGGUGCUUAACUGUGGCAUUGUUUAAAAGUCUUAAUGCUGAAUUGCUUUGUGCUGUUGAAAAGGAGCAGUGAUAAAUUAUUUGAAAUGAAUAAAGGAAUUGAUGUUUAA